AGACCUGUUUAUCUCUGCACUUCUCUCUCCAGCUGUAGAGACUUGUUUAUCUCUGCACUUCUCUCUCCAGCUGUAGACACAGUUGUUUAUCUCCGCACUUCUCUCUCCAGCUCUAGAGACGGUUGCUAUUUGUUUUCUUCUCAGACGGUUCUCGCGUUGUUGUUGUUUGUAGCUAACUCCACCUCACAUUUUAUGUCAUACAACGAAACCACUGUUGAUGGGAUUCGCCUCAAAGCCGGAGACACCGGCUGCUUGUACUGUGUUCAUGGAGGUUGAUAUCGAUCCGGCCGCAGCUCUCUGCGCGUGCUGUAUCGAUCUCUUAAGUACUCACCCAGUUUUUCUACUUCUUUGUUCCGAUGCCUUCUAGUUUAUUUACAACUAGGCCAGUGGCUGCUGCCGCCUUAUGCUGGACGGCGAGGAUGUCACACGUUUAUUGUGACACAUUUGUCAGUCCUUCAAGUGGUAGAGUGCAAACUGCCAUCUUUGAGUGAAUUGUUUAUUUCGUUAUGUGAUUGGGUCAUAUGGUGCAGUCGUACCCCGUGUUUUGGCCUCGGUCUUUCUGUAGUAUUUGAUAACAACCACGGAAUGAUUCAGUUCAAGUUGAAGCCUACGUUAUAAGUGACAGCAUUAGUUCUAAAUACCUUUUGGUAAUGAUUAGGCGCCUAGAUGCCAUUAAACAGAGAUAUGACCCAAACUAAUUGACAUCUAUUUCGAGAGAAGCAUGGGUAAAUUACUGGAUGUUGAUAGGACUGAGGUGAAGAGAGAAGUCGUUAGUGCCUCUGCCAACCUUGAGGUGAUCAGCCAUGAACAUUUCGUCAAGCGACUGGAAGGCAUGAGCUCAGCGUGUGCCAACUGUCACCGUGAACGUUCUCACCACAAACAAGGUGGACGUACAAAUAAAACGGCUCGAAGGAAGCAACAAUCAAAAUCGAACACGCCUUUGGUUAUACACCUCAAGGACACUCUUUCCAAAGGAAGAAAGCAUAGAGCACUACACAUGGAUGCUGAUUCCGAUGUGUCUGCACGAUCUACAGACGAAGAACAGUUUUAUAGCAGCAGGUGCAAUUUUUAUCACCACCCUUCAGAGCCUUACCGUGGGAAAGUUGCUGGCGAGUAUCAGUUGUCAGCAAUGUACAGUGAUGUUGCCUCAAUCCCAGAAUUUGUGCCUCAGUAUAGCUCACACCUUUUUCACCAAGCUUGGCCACAGACUGUCCACACGGCAGUAGCACAGCCAGCAGGCAGCGCCCUGCAUACAAAAUCCCCGUACCACAGCUUUCACACCACUACACAGAAGGCCAAAGAGAAGUCAAGAAAGAACUUCACUGCCCUUAUAUCAGUAAUUGAGAAAGCUCACAAAAAGGAUGUUCUCGAUAUUGAACAGAACCUGAGCAAGAACUCUGUGGAUGCCAAGUUGUGCCACGUCUUGAAUAAUGUCACCACACUGUCAUCACAAAAUGAUGCCGAGCUGAAGCGAAAGAACAUGGCCGAGUGUGAAAAUGUUGACCUCAUCUGCAAUGACCUGUCUACUAAUGCUGACAAGUUGCAGGACAGUACAGACGAAUCUGAUACCAGUGACAAAGCAUCUGUGGUGUCCAGCACUGACACUUUAUCUGAUGACGUGGCAGAAAACUUGUUAUUAGAACACGAAUUCACCCCCAGUGAGCUCGAACAAUUAGCGGAGUACACUACAGGUGCCCCACUUGUUCGCUACGGCUGCCCUGUGUCUCAGUGUCCAGACUGCAUUAGUAAUUCUUGGUACAACUACCAGUAUUUGCAGUAUGAAAGCAGCUCUCCUUCCUAUGUGCCAAGAAACAAUCAUUACAAUCCCUUUCAGUAUUCUAGUUAUCAGCAACAGCAGAGGGGCGGUCACAAGCUGCAUCCUAAGGUAGCAGCUCAUCCCAGGAUUUCAUCUUCAGAUUCUGAUGUGUCUUCUGACGUAGAUGAUGGGUCUACGACCAGCAGCAGAUCCUCAGUAAGCUCAUCAUCCUCUUCUGGGGUAAAAGCCACUGCCUCUGCCAAAACACGCGUGGUCCCCAGCUCUUCUCACCAAUCUGGGCAGCAAACCAAAAGAGCUCGAAAUCCAAAAAUGAACACUUUCAACCCGAAAACUCGGCCAAAGAAAGAAAUCCAUCAGCCAGUGAAGAGAGCCACGGCCAGUUGGAAAGGUGCUCGGCAGCUGUGGGACAUUGAUGUGUCCCAAGGGGCUCGGCGUUCUCAAGGUGUGAGUGACAGUGUGUACAUGGAUCUAACUGGUCUGGAUGUCACCUAUACUGUCAUCUACCACGCAGAUGUGACUCCCUUGUGGCCCUACCCUGUGCAUUCUUUGUAUCAAGCCAUGUACACACCUAGUAUCCCUGUUUCCCUACAUCCAAAGUACAACCACUUGCCAGCCUUUUCACCUCACAAAGUGGAGAUGAUCCCUUCUUUCGAGUUGAAAAAAUAUGAGAUGUCAAUGCCACCCAACAGACCCUGGAUACCAACUGGAUCUCCUGACAAAGAUGUGCCUGCUGCUGUCUUCUCUGUGAUGUGUUACAAUGUACUUUGUGAUAAGCUUUGCACUAAAGCCAUGUAUGCCUACUGCCCUACUUGGGCUCUCAGCUGGGACUACAGGAAGAAAGGCAUCAUGAAUGACAUUAUCAGAGGAAAUGCUGAUAUUCUAACAUUACAGGAAGUGGAAACAGAACAGUAUCACAACAUGUUCUUCCCAGAGUUGGCUGAUCAUGGAUACGAUGGUAUAUUUCUGCCUAAAUCUCGUGUGAAGACCAUGAAUUCAGAUAAAGAGAAGAAAUCUGUUGAUGGCUGUGCCAUUUUCUACAAGAAAAAUAAGUUUGAGAAAGUGAAUGAGUACCAAAUAGAAUUUAGCCAAUUGGCCACCAAAGAAGGAGCAUCUAAUACAGAUACAGACAUGAUCAACAGAGUCAGCACCAAGGACAAUAUAGCCAUUGUUGCUGUUCUUAGAACUAAACCAGAUGUUUAUCAAAAUAGUCCAGUGCCAGCACCUAAAGGUUUGACUCAGAUGUUGAUGGUGUCCACUGCCCACAUUCACUGGGAUCCUCAGUCCCCCGAUGUCAAGUUGGUCCAAACCAUGAUGUUGGUGGAAGAGCUCCAGAAGUUUGUCAAGGAAGCCUCCAUGCAGUUCCGACCCAAUGCCCCACCUCCAUCCCUGGAUGUAGAUCUGUGUAACAGCAUGCCCCUUAUACUUUGUGGAGAUUUUAAUUCUUUACCUGACUCAGGUGUCUAUGAGUUUUUAUCUAAAGGUCGUCUUGACAUCAGUCAUAAAGAUUUUGAAGGCCAGAACUAUCAAGUUUUUAUGAAAGACAGAUGUGCCAAUGGCAUCAUUAACCAUAACUUUAAUUUGACCAGUGCAUACAAGGAUGUUAUCCCAUUUACAAACUACACGUUUGACUUCAAAGGAGUUAUAGAUUACAUUUUCUACUCUGACCAGCACCUGCGACUGCAUGGAGUUAUGGGAUUGCAAGAUGAAGAAUGGUUCAGAGCAAAUAAGAUCAUAGGCUGUCCCCAUCCCUUUGUUCCCUCAGACCACUUCCCACUGUUUGCAGAGUUCUCUCUUCCAGUCCACCCCCAGCGCCCUAGAUAAUAGCAGGCUUUGAUCUGAUCAUUGUCUCUCCUCAUCUCUCACCACAAAGAACUAAGUCAGGAGGAAUUGACAUUUGGAAUAGAAGUCUUCUUGCAAUGGCCUCAAGUACAUCACUUCAAAACAUUAGGACAGUUUUUUGUUGGCAGCUGAAAUAAAAAUACAGAAUUAUUUCCUUUUUAUGAUACAAUGAAAAAUGAAUCAAUUUAACAAAAAAAAUAUUUGUGUACAUAAGAAAAUCUCAUGAUCUGCUUUCUUUCAACCAUUUCCACAUUAAAAAAAUCCCAGCAAUCAAGUCUGUUCACUUUGUUAUUAUGUUAUGGAAAGUUAAGGGAAACAAAACUGUGUUGCUGCAGCGCCACCUGAUUGUUGAAGCGGAUGUGCAAUAUUUGAAUCAUUUCAUAUCAUUGGACGGAUAGAUGUCAUAGAAUUAAUUUCAUGUCAAACGAUUGAAAUCUCUUUGUUUUUUGACACUUUUGAUGAUGUACUUGUGGGAAUGUUGUAAAGCAUUUGAAUACUUUGUAUAGCUCAUUGAUGGAGUUGAUGCUAUGUCCAAUGUAGACUGAGUUAUGUCUUAAUGAAACUUUUGUAGAAAUUGAUUAGAUUUUGUGCUUUUUAUUUUCUCAGUGUGUUUCUGAUUUGUCAUUAAUGGAUUAGACUGUACAUUAUGAAAUUAGUUUGAUCAAUACUUUAGCACUAGGUCUAUCUUAAGAAUCAAAAUGAUAUAUUUUUUUUUAAUUUUUGAAGACUAGUCUUUAAGUUGGCAAGUCCAGCAAGCUACUUAUUGAACUGUGAUGGCUAUCUGUACUGUACCUGUAAACCAGCUCUUAAGUUUUCUGUGUACUUCACAUGUUUGUUUCAUAGCUCAAAACAAGAAAUAAUAGCACAUACAUUUUAGUUUCAUAGAGUUAGUGUAUAAGUCCCAUGCUGUUGUUCAACCAUUUUCAUUGCAAUUCAUGUCAACACACUAUCAGUUAUUAUAACAGCAAAAAAAACAACUGGACUGUCAUUUUGUUAGUUUGCAUUUAUUUUGUAGGGUAUAAUUAUAACUGCAUAUUAAGAGUUGACAAGAUCAUUAAUGCAUAACCUUAAUUAGUAUAUUUUUUCAGUAUAUUUUUAAUUUGUUUCAAAUUGUAUUGUAAAAGUCAGUUACUUUAGUUUGACCUAGAAAUGAAUCAGUGCCUGACCUGUUUGUUGUUUCUCUAAAUAAGUGUUAAACUCAACUAUGUUGUCACAAUGAACUAUGGAGCAAAAUGGCUGUACAGUUUGACCAAUGUACAUACUGUCACAUAGCAUGCUUGAUAGGUGGCUGUAAGACUGAGCUUCUUUUUUAAUUGGUCUGGCUUGCUAACAGAGGUAUAUAGACAUUUUUUAACAGGGUCGUUUUAGAAACUCUUGGAAUAUUUUAACAUUUUCUAAUCUUUAAAUGUACUGUAUCAUUGUUGUUUUUUAAAAAAUAAUAUAAUAUGAUAAUAUUACUAUUUUAACACCGUUUUUUUAAAUUCUUUUAAAUAAAAAUUGUCAUUGUAUUGAAAUACUAUAUUUUUGUACUGCUAUGUUUUGUAAUUUUCAUGACUAGAAAGCAUUCUGAUCUAAUCCUGUGGCACCAUAUCUUGAACACAUCAUCUUUUGGAAUUACAAAAACAGAUUGGGCUUACAUCGUAAUUCUAAGAAGUAGAGAUUUUUAAAAAUAAUAAAAUACCGGUAUCAUGGGUUCUAUUCAUUUUUGAAGUUGUUUCUAAGAAAUUUGUAGUUUCACAGAGUAAGUUUUGUAACUAAGCCAUGUUAUCUAUCAAUAAUUCAUUCCAAUACUUGUUAUGGUAGUGGUUAUCUUUUUUGGAUUGCUUCCCUGAACAGUUUAGCAUUUAAUUUUUUAAGUCUCAACAUGGCGCUAAUAGUUUCACUUCAAUUGAAAACAAAUCAGUUUGAUAAUUAAUUAUAUUGAACAUUCCAUAGGAGUUUACAUCAUCUGCAUAUUUUAGUUUUAUAAUACACUUACAAAAAUUCUUGUUUACAAGGUAAAGCUGUUAACAACCUUCCAAGAAAGCACACUUAGAAGUAAAUUUAAUUUUGAGCACUAAGAUAUUAGUAACAAAUGGUUCACCUUGCCUCUAACAUAACUAUCAAGCAAAUACUUUUUUCUUUAGCUCUGCCUAGACCUUGAGUUUAUGUUUUCUAUUGUUGACAUUUUUUACCAACUAAUGAACUUCAAGCUAAGGCUUUGCUCAUUUGUCAUGCUGAAAACAAACAUGCUUUAUGGACAUUGUGUAAAGAUACAUUUGUUCAUAAAACUGUGUAAAGAUACAUUUGUUCAUAAAACUUUAUAUGGUUCGACUUUCAGAUAAUAAAUCGGGCACAAAAAAAAAGAAAAGAAAUUAAAAUACCUGAACAUUUUGUUUUCUGCACUCUUGUUUUAAAUAUCAAAUAUUUCACUUGUAUUCAAUUUUGUAAUCCAGCAAUUAAAGGGGAAAACUAAUCCACCAUUCAGCAGUAUGGAGAACUGUUGGCAGUUCACUUCCAGGGCUUCUAAUCCAAUAUGGUGUAUAAGUGUAGGGUCAACUGGCAGCUUUCAAUCAAAUAUGACUUGUGUCAUGCAGGCUCAUUCCAAAAUAAUUUUGUUUUUGAUUUCAUGAAAUGCAUGCUUGUCUUAGUUUUGUCAUGUUUUUAGGCACUUGAGUUGUACUUAUAUGUUGUAGUCUCCCUUUGUGUAGUGUCUUGACAUAAUUUUUUAUCUCAUAAAAAUAUGGUGACACUAUUAAA